AUGACCGUGAGAUCUAGGCACAGCUACAAUUUAAGGAUCACCCUCGCAGCCGAUGCAGUCGUAUGCAAAGAGGCAACGCUAUUCGGUGAUAUCUCAGUUGGAGCAGGUACCGUCGUUCAUCCGGCUGCUGAAAUUAAGGCAACGAACGGACCGAUUGUGAUUGGAGAAAAUAACAAUGUUGAAGAAUUAGCUGUCAUUGAAAAUUUGUUAGUGAAUUUAGGCCCUGAAGGUGAAACAAUGACGAUCGGUCGUGAUAAUGUGUUCGAAGUCAGAUCGGGUUCGUUCUUUUAG